CAGAGCUAAUGGUUUGCGAGGAGAAACUGUAAAGUUUUCUUCAGUAUGUAGUGUAGUGCAGAGCCUAAAGAUGACUGGAGAGAAAAGAGUUUCUCCUCUGAAGAACUUUGUGGCUGGAGGGGUUGGUGGUGUCUGUCUCUUAUUUGCUGGACACCCACUGGACACUAUUAAGGUCCGUCUACAAACACAACAUUCUGUUCUCUACAGAGGGACAUACGAUUGUCUCAGAAAAACUCUGUCUAAAGAGGGAAUAUUUGGCUUAUAUAAAGGGAUGGGUGCUCCGCUAGCUGGUGUGACCCCUAUGAUGGCGAUGAAUUUCUUUGGCUUUGGGCUUGGAAAAGACUUCCUGCAGAGUGACCCCACCAUCCCACUAACGUACUCACAGAUCUACCUGUCAGGGAUGCUGGCUGGAGUCUUCACCACUGUGAUCGUGGCUCCGGGAGAGAGAAUCAAGUGUUUACUGCAGAUUCAGUCGUCAGCUGGUCAGAUCAAGUAUGCUGGACCUGUUGACUGUGCACUCAAAUUAUAUAAGCAACAGGGAAUAUGCAGUGUUUACAAGGGCACUGUACUGACUCUAAUCAGAGAUGUGCCUUCAAAUGGUUUAUACUUUCUAACAUAUGAGUACCUUAAAAAAGCUCUGACCACUGAAGGACAGAGUGUUUCUCAGCUGAGCACAUGGAGAGUUCUUCUGGCAGGUGGGGUCGCUGGAGUUUUAAACUGGCUGGUUGCAUUGCCUGCAGAUGUGCUGAAGUCAAAGUACCAAACAGCUGCUGAUGGACAUUACAAGGGUUUAGUAGAUGUGUUACGAACUCUCUUACGAAACGAAGGUCCAAGAGGUCUCUAUAAAGGACUGAGCGCUGUCAUGUUACGAGCAUUUCCCGCCAAUGCCGCAUGUUUUCUGGGUUAUGAGUUUACAUUGAAGUGUUUCAGCUUUAUUGCUCCACAUUACUAAUUUCCAGAUGGCAACUUAUGUGUUUAUGGUAUUUAAGUUCAGAAUGGUUUUAUAUGGAUGUGACUUGAAUCUUUCUAUUUAUAACUCAACACAAGAUGACAGAAUUGUGUCAAAAGAUUAAUAUACAAAGGAUGUAAUUUAAAAAAAAGUUUGUAAUAACAUCUGUUACUUUUUAAGAAGUUACCAUAACUAAGGGGUUGUGUACACCAAAACUUUUAAACGCGGCUGAAAACGCUUGGACAACGCCGAAUGCCAGCUGUUUUUCAACUCUUGGUGCUCAGCACUGAGCGCGGAAAAACUGCUGUGCGCCGGUUUUCAGCGCGGAAGAAAACCGCUAGCUGCUGGCUUAUUUGAAAAACGCUGAGCUUCCAUUGGAAACAAUUGAAAACAUGCGCCGGCCGCGGGCGUAAAAGUUUUGGUGUACACAACCCCUUAGUGGUUCUCAAACUUGGGGGGGGGGGUCAGAUGAUGCCAAGGGAGCGCCAUAUAUUUGGUGUUAUUAAACCUCAGAAAACUAAGGCUACUAACCAACAGCACUGCUUUGUAUCAUUUUCAAAGUUUGAGAUUGGUUUAUGUCAUGAAUUUUCUUUGGGUUGAGGUGGACGCAAAGGUAUGCACCCAGGCCUGCAAAAGGGGGGCAGCGCACACCAAAAAGUUUGAGAACCACUGCUUUAACUAGUGAUAAUUGAAAAAUCAUGUAUUAUUUAUAAGAUGGAAAUGUCAUGCUGCUAUUAUUGCAUGAUUUGCUUUAAUUUAAAUAUUUAUCUGACUCCAUUAUAGUUAUUACGUUAAAUCUGUUGUUUAAAGGUGUAAAGCUAUUUUAUAAAAACUGAUGGGAAACUGUAGGAUUUAUUCAAAUAAUGUAAAUGAAUAAUGUAUAAGAUAAUGUAUUAGAAAAAGCCACAAAUGAGUUUAAAUGUUACCAUGAAGAUUACAAUCAGGUUAGCUUCCUGUGCUGUCAGUGUUAAAAAAUAAAAGAUUACAAAGCCUUUUUUUAACGAUAGUAAUAAACGUUGAGCAUGUGUGUUGCAGUAAAUCGUCACAACAGUGAGUUACAAGCAUCUCCCUGAUCAUAGGCUACAUUUACUCCUAUAUACCCCUUAUAAUCAAAGCACUGUUAUAUACUGAGACCCGCAGGGCUGUGUGCCCGGUCCACUCACAACUAUGCAUCAAGGCAUAUCUCCAACCACAUAGUUCUCACUGACAUGGUUAUGAUAGGAGAUUCCUAGACCUGAUGGACUUAUGCAGAAUCCUUGAAUGUGGACAAACCUUAAGAAAUGAUUGCUGACCCUACAAGAGUAUAAAACAAGCACUCACCACUCUGUGGAAAUCAUCAAGGAUGUCAAAUUCUUUGUGUUCACAUGACGGGAAACCUCACCUCCAAACCCCUCCAUCCUUAUCACGUUUAACAGAGACUUUUCUCAAGAGUGUGCAGAGGAGGUGCCCAUCUUCAUAAUACAAUAUAUUUUGUCACUUACUGUAAUUUGUUUCUAGUUGACCAGUUCUCCUUUGCUAAUUAAACAUAACGAUGAUGCUUACUUGACAAAACGAAUGAAGUUUUUGUGACAAUUAAACAAGCUAAAAAACUAUUUUGAAGCAGUCUGUAAGGUUUGUGAUCUCAUGUUGUGUGUUCUUAGUGGUAAAUGUUAUCUAAGUUAAUAUAAAGUGGUCAGAGAGAAAUUUGGAUACUUCACCCUCAGGUUAGGGUUAAUGAUGUGGAUGGUCCAUGUUAGGGUUGAAACUACGUUGCAGCCAUGUGUAUUGAGACAGUGCCAU